AUGUGGACCAAGCUCGCACUCCGCGCGGCCCUAGCCGUCCUCACCAUCGCCCCGUCCGCCCCGGCCCAGCAGGCCCAGGCCGGCACCGGGCCCCUGCAGCUGCAGGUUGCCGCGGCGGGCGGCAAGUCCCCCUGGGAGGGCACACUGUCGCCCGGCACCGCGGCGCCCGGCGGCGGCGGCGGCGGCUGGAAGUACGUCGGCUGUACGGCCGAGCUCUCAUCGGGCCGCGCGCUGUCGGGCUCGACCAUCAACCCGCAGAACAUGACCAUCGAGCUGUGCAUGGACUACUGCACCGAGCGCAACUUCCCCUACGCCGGGCUGGAGUACUCGCAGGAGUGCUACUGCGGCCUCAAGCCGCACAAGGACUCGACCCCGACCCCCAACGCCGAGUGCUCGUCCCCCUGCAAGGGCAACGCCAAGCAGCUCUGCGGCCGCGGCGGGCGCCUCAGCCUGUUCGAGAACACGGCCUACGUGGCCGCGUCCAACGCGCAGCGCCUCGGCGCCUGGUCCUACGUGUCGUGCUACAUGGAGCCGCAAAGGGGCCGCGCCCUGCCGGACCGCCUCCGCAGCGCCGCAAACAUGACGGUCGAGGCCUGCCACGACUACUGCGACUCCGAGGGCAUGCCCUUUGCGGGGCUCGAGAACGGCCGCGAGUGCCGGUGCGGCCGCGCACUGCGCCAGGGGCUCGAGGACGCGUCCGACCCCAUGUGCGCCAUGCAGUGCGACAUGACGUGCCUCGGCAACGACAAGCAGUUCUGCGGCGGCUCAAAGACCAUCAACGUCUGGCACAAGGACGCCGCCGCCGCCGCCGCCACCACCAGGAGGGACGUCCAGCGCCGCGAGGAGAUGCUCCGCGAGCACAAGCGCGAGGCGGCCCAUAACCACGGCGGCGGCGGCGGCCUUGGCGCGCGGUUUGUCAGGGCACGCCGCGCCGCUGUCGAUGCCCCCGGUGCUGCCGCGGCUGCCGGGGUUAUCUGA